UUGAAGGGGCUCUCCGAGCUAACGAAGCCAUGGGGAACCGGGGCAUGGAAGACCUGAUUCCCCUGAUCAACAAGCUUCAAGACGCUUUCAGCUCCAUUGGCCAGAGUUGCAAUUUAGACCUUCCUCAGAUUGCUGUGGUCGGUGGACAGAGCGCUGGAAAAAGCUCAGUCUUGGAAAAUUUUGUUGGCAGGGACUUUCUUCCACGUGGAAAUGGCAUUGUUACCCGGAGACCUCUCAUUUUGCAGCUGGUCAACAAUAAAGCAGAAUAUGCUGAAUUCCAACACUGCAAAGGCAAGAAGUUUGUGGAUUUUGAUGAAGUGCGGGUGGAAAUUGAGACGGCGACCGACGAGCUAACUGGCUCCAACAAAGGCAUCUCUCCCUUCCCACUAAACCUGACGGUCUACUCUCCAAACGUGCUGAAUCUGACCCUGAUCGACCUUCCGGGAAUGACUAAGGUUGCCGUCGGAGACCAGCCCGUAGACAUCGAGCACCAGAUCAGAGACAUGAUCCUGAAGUUCAUCACCAGGGAGAGCUGUCUGAUCCUGGCCGUCACCCCGGCCAACACUGACCUGGCCAACUCGGACGCUCUGAAGAUCGCCAAGGAGGUGGACCCACAGGGUCUGCGUACCAUCGGUGUUAUAACAAAACUGGACCUGAUGGACGAAGGGACGGAUGCAAAGGAAAUCCUUGAAAACAAACUCCUGCCACUGCGUAGAGGCUACAUUGGCGUGGUGAACCGCAGUCAGAAAGACAUUGAUGGGAAGAAGGACAUUCGUGCUGCUCUGGCUGCAGAGAGGAAAUUCUUCCUGUCCCACCCUGGCUACAGACAUAUGGCAGAGCGUAUGGGCAUACCACAUCUACAAAGGGCACUCAACCAGCAACUGACCAACCACAUCAGGGACACUCUGCCUGGACUGCGCAGUAAACUGCAGAGUCAGGUCCUCUCAUUGGAGAAGGAGGUGGAGGAGUACAAGAACUUCCGUCCAGAUGACCCAACACGCAAGACCAAGGCCUUGUUGCAGAUGGUGCAGCAGUUUGGUGUGGACUUUGAGAAGUGCAUUGAGGGUUCUGGGGACCAGGUGGACACCAACGAGCUGUCGGGUGGCGCCAAGAUUAACCGCAUCUUCCAUGAACGCUUCCCCUUCGAACUGGUCAAGAUUGUGUUUGACGAGAAGGAGCUAAGGCGAGAGAUCAGUCACGCAAUCAAGAACGUCCACGGUGUCAGAACGGGGCUCUUCACCCCUGACCUGGCUUUCGAGGCAAUAGUCAAAAAGCAGAUCCUCAAACUCAAAGCGCCCAGCCUCAAAUGUGUGGACCUUGUGGUGUCCGAGCUCACCGCGCUCGUCAUGAAGUGUGCCGUUAAGCUCAAUUCCUACCCCAGACUGAGAGAGGAGACCGAGAGGAUUGUCACCACCCACGUCAGAGAAAGAGAAGGGAAGACCAAGGACCAGGUUCUGCUGCUGAUUGACAUUGAGCUGUCCUACAUCAACACCAAUCAUGAGGACUUCAUAGGCUUUGCUAAUGCCCAGCAGAGGAACACAGCUGCAAACAAGAAGAGGGCCAUACCCAACCAGGGUGAGAUUCUGGUGAUCAGGAAAGGCUGGCUAACCAUCAACAUCAGCAUCAUGAAGGGAGGCUCCAAGGAGUACUGGUUUGUCCUGACUGCGGAGUCCCUGUCCUGGUACAAAGACGAUGAGGAGAAAGAAAAGAAGUACAUGCUGCCCCUGGAUAACCUGAAGCUCCGAGAUGUGGAGAAAGGCUUUAUGUCCACAAAGCACAUCUUUGCAAUCUUCAACACCGAACAGAGGAACGUGUACAAGGAUCUUCGCCAAGUAGAACUGGCGUGUGAUUCUCAAGAGGAUGUGGACAGCUGGAAGGCGUCCUUCCUCAGGGCAGGAGUUUAUCCAGAAAAGGACCAGACGGACAAUGAAGACGCUGCCCCUGCGGACACGUUCUCUAUGGACCCUCAGUUGGAGCGACAGGUGGAAACCAUCCGUAACUUGGUGGAUUCGUACAUCGGCAUCAUCAACAAAUCCACCAGAGACCUCGUGCCCAAGACCAUCAUGCAUCUCAUGAUCAACAGUGCAAAGGACUUUAUCCACUCGGAGCUGCUGGCCUACCUCUACUCCUCUGGAGACCAGAACAGCCUCAUGGAGGAAUCGGCUGACCAGGCCCAGCGUAGAGACGAAAUGUUGCGCAUGUAUCAUGCACUCAAGGAAGCACUGCUCAUCAUUGGCGACAUCAGCACCAGCACCAUUUCCACCCCAGUACCCCCGCCCGUAAAUGACAACAGGGUCCAAGAAGCCAGCCCAACUCCUCAGCGCAGGCCGCCUCCUUCAGCGGCCCCGGCCUCCAGUCGUUCGCAUGCUGUUCGAGGCCCAACACAGGGACCACCCAUGAACCCUACCCCCGCCUUUGGAGCUCCGCUCAACCCCUCUCCCGCCUUCGGUGCACCACCAAUCCCCUCUCGCCCAGGCCCACCCAUCAACGCUUUCAACAGCCACCAGGAUCCCUUCAGCGCACCCCCAAUGAUCCCCUCCCGGCCAGCCCGCGUCCCACCCGGUGUACCCAGCCGAAGACCUCCGGGUGCUCCUUCUCAUCGGCCCACCAUUAUCCGCCCUGCUGAGCCCUCCCUGCUAGACUAGACCUGUGGCCAAUUGUGUGUGUGUGUUUGUGUGUGGGUGUGUGUAUGUGCACACUCAAGGCUAGGUACGGGGGCUCGAGGGGAUGGGCUGACUGAUAGCGGUGCCUAAUGUGCAUUGUCCAUAAUGUCUCUUCAAGCAAUGUAAUACGCUGCUAAUACCAUCUUUAUUAGUGCACAUAAAUGACAGAAAUCCCUUUUUUACCACUUGAAUAUUACAUUUGACUGCUGUGGAAAUUCUGUAAUACAAAAUAUAACCCAGCUGAUCUGUGGGAUGCAUUUAGCUUCUAUUAGUAGGAGAUGAUGCAUCAAAUUCAGUCCAAGGGCCGAUUUUUAUUAUUAAUAACUGGUUUAUUUCUUCUGACAAGGUACCCAGCAGAUGCUCAUUAUAUAACUUAUUAACUGUUCGCGCUGGCUUCCCUCCCCCCUCCCUGCACCCUUUUAGGUUGGCCGAGACGCCCGAGUCCAGGUCUCUGUGUAAUAUACACACUUAACCUGUUGUUAAUGUUUGACUGAUUCAUACUGAAAAAACAAAAGGUUAUCAUCACUGUUGUUGUUUUUGGUGGUGCGGUUGCAUUCCCCCACCCACCCCACGCUUUGUUAUUGUAUUGGAGUAACUUUGUCCCUUUUUUUUAAUGACCGUCAUAAAUGUAGCUUUGAAAAUAAAAUCUUAGUCGCAGAAAAAGCAAAGCAUUAAAAAGGCACCAUGCAGGGUUGCAUGAGACCCCCUCUGUCCAUUAUUGUUUCCUUCCACAAGGAGAAAGAUGUCAGCCAGAUUGACCAUUAUAGUCCCAGCACUUGUAGCCUUACAACCUUACAAGCCACACUGGGGUGUUGUAGUCCGUUACCAGAACACUAUGCACGGAAACCCGGGAGAGCGACAGGCUGAAGGCCGUCUGCACUUUGUGAGAAGCUUUCUCUUCAGUAAUUCUGAGUUUUGAAAACCUUGAAUUAUAAUCCCUUUAGUCUCAGUUGAACCCCAAUGAGACCUUCAGCCUUCGAGUAGACUUUGUUCAUUCCUGGAUUAACUGAUUUAUACAGAGCAGAGCACACGGUACAGCUUCCUCUCCGAGAGGAUAAGACUCAGUGAAGCGGUGGGGUGUGUAGUACGGGGACGGGACUUAGAGUGUAAAGAUGGUAUUAUGCAUUAAGGGGUUGGCACAUCUCUUUCUGGGCAUAGUUGUCAAGGACAUUUAAUAUUGCUAUCAGUUCUGCUUCCGUGCAUUUAAAGUAUUGUGUAUAUAGCUGGCCUAUACUGGGGAGUUAGCACUUGUAUCUCAUUUAAUCGCGGGGUUGACGACAAAAACAUGCUGUUGAUUCUAAUCAAAGCCCAACAUGUUAAAAUGCAACUGUAGUCGUCGCUUUAAAGGAAGCACUAACACUGUCCUUUCAUAGAUUAGCUUUGGAUUUAGGGAAAAAGAGAUCGGAAGCAUUAUUUAUAACCCGGGCAUUUGUCAUUUCUUUUGAUGUUUUUGGUUGCAAUUGUACCGGCUCUGUACAACUCAGCUCCCCGGCUUGUCCUGGACUUUUAUUCGGGGUUCUGCUACAGGGAUUAGCUUUCUAAAUGUGUUUUUAUGUUGGGAGGGCACCCGAGGCUGCACGUCGUCUACACAGCUGUAAUUAUUUGAUAAUGAAUAUCUUUUGAUUGCUCUUUGAGAGUAUUUGACCAUUUUUAAAUCCAGCGGGGAAAACCGGUCAAGCGGGGAGUGACUUUGGGCUACUAGGAUGUUUUCUGUUCUAGCUCUGAUCAGUAGUGGUGGUGAGCACCAGGUGGUGGGAGUCGUGGUGUAUGAAAGCACACUCUUGUCAAGAAGCUGUCUAGACUUGUCUCUGUUUUCACCACAGAGGAUAGAAAUGAAACUAGCCAACCUGACGAGACAAAGAAACCGUAAAGAAUUGUAAACGGUCCCAAACUACAGACUCCUGAGACAGAGUGUGCUUUUUCCUUCCUCCUGUAUUUCUCUACAGGUCUGGCUUUCAGUGACAGUGCCACGAGGAUGAAAAUAAGCUUAUAAAACAACCCCGAUUCUUUAGAUUAAAGAUCCUUUUACAUGAAAUCUUCCAAAAACUCCUUUUUACACAGAAGUUUGUUCAUGUGAUAAAACUUCAUAUUGGCCAAAGUUUGAUGACGCCCUCUUGUGCCUGUCACUUCAGCCUGCCCUCGAGAAAGCCCAGACUGUAAUGCCCUGUAAUACAUUAGGUUGUAGUAAUACUAUUGGAUGUGCCCUGCCUCCUUCCUCUUUCCCUCCCCUCCCCUGGUCUGGAUCUGGUGGAUGGGGGUUGGAAACCUGUUUCAAAAAAAAAAAAAAAAAACUCAUUUCUUUUUUGUUUUGCAAACCCUUGUCAAGUGCCUAUGUAGCAAUUAAUUGAUUUGAAUAAACAUGAACUGAUUUUAGGAUGGAGAGUCAAUAAAGAGGUGUUGUGUACAAUAAAGGGAUUGGCUCUG